AUGUGGUGGAGCCUGCGUCAGGUUUCUCCUUUGAUUCUCGCUGUAUGCUCGUUGUCUCUAACAGCACAUCAGGGCACGGCUGCGGCACACGGGGAGCCGGCGGCGGUGCCUUCCCAGAGAAGAAGCAGCAGAGAUGUUAAUUCCCCAGCUCCUGUCAACUGUCAGCUGAGCCAGUGGUCAGCGUGGACUGAUUGCUUUCCUUGCCAAGGGAAAAAACACCGGUACCGGACGCUGGUGCAGCCCGCGGGGUUUGCAGGGCAGCGCUGCGUGGGGGACCUCUGGGAUGAGCAAGCUUGCCAUGCUGGGGAGACCUGCACCGGGGCCCCCAGCUGCGGGAAGGACUUUCGGUGCGAGGAGACCGGUCGCUGUAUUAAACGACAUCUUGUGUGCAACGGCGAGACAGACUGCAGAGAUGGGUCUGAUGAGAAUAACUGUGAGGAUGAAGAUAUUGAAAGCCCCUGUGAAGACCUGUACCCAAUCCCAGGGUCUGAAAAAGCAGCACAGGGAUACAACAUCCUAACACAGGAGGAGAAGCAGUAUGUGUAUGAUCCUAAUUUUGGGGGGGGGCAUUGCGAGUCCGUCUACAAUGGGGAGUGGCGGGAGCUGAAGUACGACGCUGCCUGCGAACGCCUCUACUACAGGGAUGACGAGAAGUAUUUCCGCAAGCCUUACAACUUCCACGUGUACCAGUUCCUAGCUCAUGCUGAUUCUGGAUUCUCUUUUGAGUUUUAUGAAGAUUCAAAAGAUCUGCUUAAUGCCCUUGGAAGUAGUAAAAGCAGAGGAGGUGGUUUUACCUUUGGGAUUGGACCUAAAUCGGUACCUGUAAUGCUAAACCUUGGCUUUUCUUUAUCACGUGGCAAAGGAUCCCUGAAGAAUUUCACAGAAUACAAUGCAAAGGAGGUUGGAUUCAUUAGAGCUGUGACCAAGGUGCAGACAGCCCGUUUCAAGAUGAGAAGGAACAACAUCGUUUUGGAUGAAGACAUGCUCCUCUCCCUGCAAGAGCUUCCAGAUGCAUACAACUAUGGCAUGUAUGCCAAAUUCAUUGAUGACUACGGCACCCAUUUCAUGACAUCCGGCACUAUGGGAGGUGUCUUUGAGUACAUCCUUGUUGUUAACAAAGAGGAAAUGAGACGAAAAGAAAUCCGCUCUGAAGACGUCAUGGCCUGUUUUGGCCUCUCAGCUGGUGUUUCGGUCAAAAAGUUUGCCAUGGAAGUGGGAGCAUCCGCGUCAUACUCUCAAUGUGAUGAUAAAAAACUUCUGGAAGAGGUCGACUUUUCAGAUGAGCAGAGCCACAAUGCCAUUGUGGAAGAUAUUAUUCCCCGGAUUAAAGGUGGAGAUACUGCUAGCAGCGGAGGGCUCUUAAACAGUUGGGACGGCAACAUGUAUCGUCGCUGGGGAAGGUCAUUAAAAUACAAUCCUGCUAUUAUUGAUUUUGAGCUGCAACCCAUCCACGAAAUUCUCCGCAGGAGCGACCUCAGCAACAUGGAAACCAAGCGGCAGCACCUGAAGCGGGCUCUGGAUGAUUACUUGCUGGAGUUCAACGCCUGCCGCUGCGGACCGUGCCAGAACGACGGCGAGCCCAUUCUGGUGGGCGACACGUGUGUCUGCCAGUGCCAGCCGGGGUACGAGGGCCAUGCCUGCGAGCGGAGCAAGCGCCCAAGCACUGGGACGAGCGGGCGCUGGAGCUGCUGGUCGCCCUGGGCUCCCUGCCAGGCAGGCUCCAGGAGGCGCAGCCGGCAGUGCACCAACCCUGCCCCGCAGCACGGCGGGGCACCCUGCGUGGGGACGAGCGUGCAGAGCAAAGCGUGCUAAAAUCAGCACUGCUCCCCAAUGGUACGUGCUCGAGGUGUUUUGGUGUCUGUGCUGGGCAAUAAAUACGGCAGGCAUAACUCUGCAACUGCAUUAUGCUGGGGACGAAGCAUUGCAUUUACACACGUAGGGGGAUGAGCUGGAUUUGCUGUACAAAACCCAGCUGCUGUCCAGACAAAUUGCUCAGGCUGAUUGCGUGCGUGCCUGGCUGCACCCUGCUCCACCAGUGCUCUGGUUGGACAGGUCCACUGGUGUUCCCACUGAGUCCUCUGGUG